AUGGCAUCGACAUCAUCGCGACCGCGGCGGUCGGUUUCCCGCAAAAGUUUUGUUCUCGAAGAAAGCUCCGACGAUGAGCCUGCCUCGGGGCGCGUUACCCCCAGUAUCCCAAGCAAUGACGAAGACGAGGAUGAGGAGGACGAAGAGGAGGAGUAUACACCCGUCCCAAAGCGCAGGGUAUCUCGGAGGGUCUCGAAGGCACCGGUGGAAGAGCCGACUACGCCGACUCCCGCAAUGGGGCGCUCAAACCGACGCCGCUCUAGGAUGAGUGGGAGAGAGUCCACAGUAUCAACAACGGACGAGAGUAUCGUCUCGGUAGAAGAGGAACCUGAACUGCGGUCAAGGCGCACCUCAAAAGCGAGACAGAGCAUUCCUAGGAGCCAAAGCAGCCGACACUCAUCUAUAGAGGUUUCCUCACUUCCAACCCCCGCACCGUCACAAUCUCCAGAAGCUGAUCGAGCGCAGUCAAGAAGACUUAGCGGAACACCGCUUGCAGAUAUUACAGAAAAUGCCGUUAACCAGACUCCCCCGAACGCUCCCGAUGCUGAAAAAUCCGUCAUUGACAGAGUUGACCCGAGCUCUAGCGUGCUUGAGCGGCCGAUGGACAUAAUGCUCAAGUCACGAUCAGCGCCCCAAAUUGCAGAGGAAGAACCAUCGGGACCUAAGCAGAGAAUGGUCAUAACUCACCUCGUCCUUACAAACUUUAAGAGCUACGCUGGGCAGCAAUUUGUUGGCCCGUUCCACGCUUCCUUCUCCUCCGUUGUCGGCCCUAACGGCUCGGGCAAAUCCAAUGUCAUUGACUCUCUUCUAUUUGUUUUUGGCUUCAGGGCUAGUAAGAUGCGCCAGGGGAAAAUAUCAGCCCUUAUCCAUAACUCCGCCAACUUCCCCAAUUUACCGUUUUGCGAGGUUGAGGUUCAUUUUCAGGAGAUUAUAGAUUUACCGGAUGGGGGCCACGAAGUUGUCCCAGAUUCGCAGCUAGUCGUUUCCCGGCGAGCCUUCAGAAAUAAUAGCAGCAAAUACUAUAUGAAUAAAAGGGAAACGAAUUUUACAACUGUCACCGAAUUUCUGAAGAGCCGUGGGAUCGACUUGGAUCAUAAGCGUUUCCUUAUCUUGCAAGGUGAAGUCGAAUCCAUCUCUCAGAUGAAAGCAAAGGCUGCCAAUGAACACGACGAUGGUUUACUUGAAUACCUCGAGGAUAUCAUUGGAACGUCAAAAUACAAAACUCCCAUCGACGAGGCGGCUGCUGAAGUUGAGGUUUUGAACGAAACCUGCAACGAAAAGAACAAUCGAGUUCAGCAUGUUGAGAAAGAGAAAGCCAGCCUUGAAGAUAAGAAAAAUAAAGCUCUUGCCUACAUCAAGGACGAGAAUGAGUUGGUCGAGAAGCAAUCCGCACUCUAUCAAAUAUACAUUGAUGAAUGCAACGAUAACACAAAUGUCACGCAAGAGGCCAUCUUACAGAACCAAGAGUUACUCAACCUGGAACUCGAAAAGCAUCAGGGCAAUGAAGAUGAGAUCAAGCAGCUUCAACGUACAUAUAAAAAGGCUGCGAAAGAGUACGAGGCCAUGGAAAAGGAAACCCAAGGCAUCAUGAAAGAGAUGGCGAAGUACGAUAAAGAAUCAGUCAAGCUUGAAGAGAAACGGAAAUUCUUGAACAAUAAGCAAAAGAAGCUCGAAAAGUCCAUGAACGCGAGCCGUCUUGCUGCCUCUGAAUGUGCCGGGCUUGUUGAAAAACACAGCGAUGACUUUGAGAAGAAAUCAGCCGAGAUUGCAGCUCUUGAAAAGGAAAUGAAGGUAGAAGAAAAGGAGCUUGCAGAAAUUCGUGAAAGCCUCAAAGGAAAAACGCAGGGCCUUUCAGAACAAAUUGCUGCUAAACAGACAUCUCUCGAACCAUGGAAAGAGAAAAUCAACGAGAAACAAUCCGCUGCCGCUGUUGCCCAAAGUGAACUAGAUAUUCUUCGUGAAAAGGGCAAUGCCGGCGCUGUUGCUUUGGAAGAAGCACAAGCGAAAAUUGUUUCUAUCAAGGAAGACAUGAGUGCAAAGGCAGCUGAGCUUGAACAGUGCCGGGCAGAAAAGGCCAAUCUCGAACAUGAAGUCGCUACCUGCUCCGCGAAUGUGCAAAAAUUUGCCGAUAAAGAACCAGAAUACCGUUCCAGGCUCUCUCAUCUGCGCCAGAAGGCUGAUGAGGCGCGUGCCAGUUUAUCAAGCACACAAACCCAGGGCAACGUCCUCUCGGGGUUGAUGAGACUCAAGGAGUCCGGACGUAUUGAAGGAUUUCAUGGUCGCCUCGGAAAUCUUGGAACAAUUGACGAGAAAUACGACGUGGCCAUAUCCACGGCUUGUCCGGCACUUGACAAUUUGGUGGUUGAUACUGUUGAAGUUGGUCAACAAUGCAUUGACUAUCUCCGCAAGAAUAACUUGGGCCGGGCGAACUUCAUUCUGCUAGACAGGCUACCUCGGAGGGAUAUGUCCUCUGUUUUCACGCCCGACAGCGUUCCGCGGCUAUUUGAUCUCGUUAAACCUGUGGACGACAAAUUCAAGGCCGCUUUUUAUAGUGUGCUCCAAAAUACCCUCGUAGCAAAGGAUUUGCAGCAAGCCAACAAAAUCGCAUACGGUGCACGAAGAUGGAGGGUAGUGACGCUGGAUGGACAACUCAUUGAUGUUUCCGGUACUAUGAGCGGUGGAGGGACUCGAGUUGCUAGAGGUGGAAUGUCUUCUAAACAAGUGGCAGAGGUCUCUAGAGAGCAAGUUGCUAAGCUUGAUGCCGAUAGAGAUGCAAUGGAGAAAAAGUUCCAGGCAUUCCAAGAAAGGCAAAGGGAGCUAGAAACCGAGUUAAAAACAACCAAAGAUGCAAUCCCCAAAGUUGAAACGACCAUUCAAAAACUCCAGCUAGAGAUUGAUAGCGCCAAGCGGAAUCUCGCAGAUACACAGCGCAGAGUGAAAGAACUCUCCGAAGAACACAAACCAUCUGCGGCUGAUGAAAAGCGAGAGGGCAGCCUUGAAAAGACUAUUAAGGCUUUGGAGAAGGAGAUCGAGAAGCUACGGUCCGAAAUGACUGGAGUUGAAGAGGAGAUCCAGGCCCUCCAAGACAAAAUCAUGGAAGUCGGUGGAGUAAGGCUCAGGGGCCAAAAGGCCAAAGUGGAUGGUCUCAAGGAACAGAUUUCACUUCUGACGGAUGAGGUGUCCAACGCUGAGGUGUCCAAGUCUAAGAAUGAGAAACUGCGGGUUAAACAUGAGAAAGCCCGUGCAGACGCGGAGGCUGAGCUUGAAAGUGUCCAGGAGGAUAUCGAAAAGCUGAAUGAAGAAGCCAAAAAUCAGGCCAAGGCAGUUUCUGGAAUUAAGCAGAAAACAGAGGAAGCGGAAGAGGUAAGUUAUGGGCAUUAA